AACCAAACCUCCUCAAUAGCGCGUUUACCGACUACUCAAUCCCCCCGCACAUAUCUCUCUACAUAUAAUCCCCACUCCAAAACUAAAAAAACAAACCAGUUCUGUGCUCAGUUCAGCUUCUUUCAUAGUUCCAAAGUUCCUAAAAAGUUCCGAAACUCUGUGUCUAUUUCCAAAACCAAAAAACCAUGUUUCCUUUACUUAAACCUCGGACCCAUUAAGCUGCUCAUGGGCUUUCUCAGCCGGCUCUUCGGAUUCGGGUCUAAGAAGCCCAAGAAUCCGCAGCCGCAAAAGGAGAAGCAGAAGCGGAGGAGCUUCAUCGCUUCGCUAAACAGCAACUCCCACAAAGGGACGCCGUCUCGGCACCAAGUGGAUGACCCCAACAAGCACGCCAUAGCGGUUGCUGCUGCCACCGCUGCUGUGGCGGAGGCUGCUCUCGCGGCGGCUCAUGCGGCGGCUGAGGUCGUCAGACUUACCAGUAACGUCGGGAGAAAUACCAACGUGGCGCACCGGCUUUUGACGGCGGAGUUAGCUGCCGUUAAGAUACAGUCUGCUUUUCGUGGUUAUCUGGCAAGGAGGGCGCUAAAGGCACUAAAAGCAUUGGUGAAACUUCAAGCAUUGGUGAGAGGGCACAUGGUGAGAAAGCAAACUGCCAACAUGCUGAGGCGAAUGCAAACAUUAGUCCGAUUGCAGGCACGGGCACGUGCAAAUCGCGCACAAUUGUCAGAAUCCUUCCAUUCUAGCAGCAAGUCCUCUCUGUCACAUCACCCUGUCCCUGCAACUCCUGACAUAAAUGAUUGCCAACUUCGAGCUUAUAGUUCCAAAUUUGAGGGCCCCUCAAUUUUGAAGAGAUGUGGUUCAAAUUCAAACUUCAGGGACAUCAUCAACCUAGACAAAGGACAUGGUAGUUCAAAGUGGUUAGACCAUUGGAUGGAAGAAAGUUUAUGGAACAACCGCCGUGACAUUUCAUUCAGAAAUGGACAUGCUGAUGAUGAGAAGUGCGACAAGAUUCUCGAAGUAGACACUUGGAAACCGCAUUUGAACUCCCAAGAAAGUAAGAGAACCUUUCAGACAUCACCGAAUGUUUUUGCUUCUGAUUAUAAUAAGGAGAGCUUUAUGACAUACAACUCUCCAUCAAAACACUCAACAAAAGCUCCAAAUCCAAUUCCUAGUCAGGCUACACCAUCUUCUGGGGGAGUUUUAUCUCUUGGCUCCUUCAAACUAGGAAGAGAUGAAACAGCUUUAAGGACUGCUGACAACAGCCCACAAGUGCAUUCUUUGUCAUCCAGGCCUGGAAGUAGUGCCAGAAGAGGUCCAUUCACACCCACAAGAAGUGAGUAUGCGUGGGGCUAUUUUGGUGGGUACUCAGGUCACCCAAACUACAUGGCUAACACGGAGUCCUUUCGGGCUAAGGUUAGGUCACAGAGUGCCCCAAGGCAAAGGCUAGAGUUUGAGAAAUUCGGUUCAACAAGGAGAUCUGUUCAGGGGUUGUGGGAUGCAGGGAUCGAUUCAGAUAAGAGGUUUGCUGACCAAGCUGAGUACAGGUACAAAGCUUAUUCAGCCUCUGGCCAAUUGAAUAGAGUUGGGAGUGCUAAUUUAAGGUGAUUCCACUUGUUGUAAUUUUUUUUUCUAUGUAUGGCAGCAAUGCUAGAGUUGUAAUUAUGUGAUCAUGAUUUUUGUACCUGUCCAUGCACAAUCAAAAGUUGCCAGAAACUUACUGUUUUAAACUGUAUGUUCAAACAUAAUCAUAGUUGUGCUUAUAUAUA